GAUUCAAACGCAUAGAGAAAAAAAUUCUAACAACGCUUAGAUAAAUCAUGGAAAAAUCAUCGUUUGCUCAAAAAAUUGUGGCUCCAACUGAGAACCUUCUUGUGCUCCACAAGCCAGCGAUGGAUUGCAUCGAAUAAACUCAAAGAAAUCAACGAAAAAGAACGUAAUUGAAUUAAGCAAAGUACAAAAAAAAAUAUCCAGAUAGUAUUAGAAAAAACCAAGGUGUUGUUGUCUAAAUUAUAAAAAUAGCUUCAACUGAGAAACUGAGAUAAAAAAAACAAAGCAAACCAGUGGGUAAACAAACGUAGCAGGCAGUGAAUUACAACAGAAAUUUUAAUCUAAUAGGUAAAUAAGCGAUAAGGAGGAUUAGGAAGCAGACAAGACUUUAGACAAGAAAAAAUAGUAUUACACAUUUAUGAAGUAAAAUUUACGUCCAAAGAAUUUUCUGUCGGAAUAGAUUUCGAUUUUUUAUCACUCACCUUCACAAAGCGCGAAAAAUGGCAAAAUACAGCAUUGUUUGUCUGCGUCACGGCGAGAGCGAAUGGAACAAGGCGAAUCUCUUCUGCGGCUGGCACGAUGUCAAUUUGUCCGAAUCCGGCUUUUACGAUGCCAGUGAAAUUUCGGCAGCUGCUUUGCGCAAAGAAAACUUGCAAUUUGACAUCGCCUUCACGUCAUGCCUCAAACGGGCGCAUCAAACGUUGGAAAUAGUAUUACGCGAAUUGUCGCUCGAAAAAAUCCCGGUUGUCAUGGAUUGGCGUCUCAACGAACGGCAUUACGGCGCCUUGACGGGCUUCAAUAAACGCGAAAUGGCCGAAGUUUAUGGCGAGGAACAAGUUCAAAUUUGGCGUCGAAGCUUUAAUGUGCCGCCACCUGACAUUACGCCGCUCAAUCCGUAUUACGAGCAAAUUCGUGGGAAUCCGAAAUUCAAGAAAAUCUGCAACGAAGACUUUCCGAAUGCCGAAACGCUUGAGACGACGAUGAAACGAGUGGUGCCGUUCUACGAGGAAGUCAUUAAGGAGCAAGUGAGGACUGGGAAACGAGUGUUGAUUGUGGCGCACGGGACAAGUCUUCGUGGGCUUGUGAAACACGUCAAAGGGAUGACUGAUGAGGAAGUCAUGAAGUUCAAUAUGCCGAAUAGUAUUCCGUUUGUCAUUGAGUUGGAUGAGAAUUUCAAGUUGGUGGGAGAUAUCAAGUUUUUGGCAGAUAAGGAAUUUGUUCUGAGUGCCAUGGAAAAAGUUGCGUCAAUUGGAAAGUGAAUCGUGAAGCAACAAUUUACCUCAUUUUAAGUUAGUUCUGUAAUUCUGUGUAUUUCCGGAAAAAAAAUUAAAGAAUUUCCCAACUCAACCACCUACCUACCUAAAUGUUUAUGUGAAUUUUUCACACAAUUUCUAUCGAUAUUUUGAGGAAUAUUGAGUAUAAAUAUUGAAUAAAAAUUUGUUUCUUAU